AUGACCACGCCUUCAUCAAGCCACAAGACUCGAUGCGUCAUCAUAGGCGCCGGAGUAUCUGGCAUUCUCAUGGGUAAGACUCGUCAAGAGUGUCACCAGCGUGGAGCCCCGAAUCAUGUUGAGCAACUGACAAGACGAGCAGCCUAUAAGCUACGGCAUCACUUGCAGGAUUUCGUCGAGCUCCAGAUAUUCGAGAAGAAUGCCGACCUGGGAGGAACUUGGUACGAGAACAGAUAUCCAGGCUGCGCAUGCGACGUCCCGAGCCACUGCUACCAAUACGCCUUUGCGCCAAAUCCCUCGUGGUCCAAAUUAUACUCUUCGUCAGAGGAGAUUCACGGCUAUCUCAAAAAGGUAGCCAAGCACUUCGACUUGGAACAAUACAUCCGGUACAGCACGACAGUCGUCUCGGCCACGUGGAACGAGACCACCAACACAUGGGCGGUGGGCAUCAACGACGAGACGACGAUCCAGUGCGAGAUAUUGAUCAACGCCGCCGGCAUCCUGCAUCGCCCUCAGCUGCCCGACAUCAAGGGGCUGGAAACCUUUGCCGGCGACCUGGUGCACACUGCCGCGUGGGACUCGCGGCUAGACCUGCGUGGCAAAAGGGUCGCUCUCAUCGGAUCAGGCUCCAGCGGCAUCCAGAUUCUCCCUCAGCUCCAGCCGACAUGCAGCUCGAUACGGGUAUACAUCCGCACGCCCGGCUGGAUCGCGCCGCCCAUGGCCGAUGCCGACUCGGAAUCCCCCAACCGCGACUACACGACGGGCGAAAAGGCCCUGUUCAGACAAGACGCCCGGGGAUAUGCCCGGAUGCGCAAGGAAAUCAACUCCAACCUGAACGGCAUGUUCAAGGUUCUCCUCAAGGCCUCCCCCGAGCAGCAGAGCAUUCGGGACGCGCUCGAGACGCGGAUGCGGUCUCUUAUACGGGACGACGCCCUGCGGCAUCACCUCGUCCCCAAGUUCGAGGUGGGCUGCCGGCGCGUGAACCCUUGCGAGCAGUUCCUCUACAGCGUGCAGGAGAAGAACGUCACGGCGGUGUUUAGUCCGAUUGACGAGGUGACGCCUCGGGGCCUUGUUUCCGGCGGAAUCGAGCACCAGGUGGAUGUGAUUGUCGCGGCCACCGGGUUCGACAACAGCUUCAAGCCGCAAUUCCCCGUGCUAGGUCGUGACGGAGUCGACCUCCGGGACAUUUGGGCCGAGGAGCCAGUUUCGUACCUGGGCACCGGUGUCUCCGGGUUCCCCAACUAUCUCACAUUCCUUGGACCAAACACGCCUAUUGCAAACGGCGCUUUCAUGGGUCCCCUGGAAGCCACAAGCGACUAUUUCAUCAGGCUGCUCCAGCGUGCGAUUCGAUACGGAGCGUCGUCGUUUGACGUCAAGCCCGAGGCUCAGGCUGACUUUGACAGCCGCGUGUGGGAGUUUAUGAAGAAGACGGUGUGGACGGGGUCAUGCCGCAGCUGGUACAAAAAGACGAGUCGUGGGAAAAUCACCGCCCUGUGGCCGGGGAGCUCGCUGCAUUAUAUGCAGGUCCUGGCGGAGGAUCGAUGGGAAGAUUAUAAUUGGACAUACAAGGGACGGAGGUACGACUACUGGGGCAACGGGUUUUCUUGGAUCGAGCAGCCAAAGAGCGACAAGUUGGGCAUCCAAGAGCGCAAAUCCAGAAACGACAUGGUGACGAUUCCCAACCUCGAUUCCGACUUGGGCUUCUACAUCACGCCCCAGGCGCCGUUGCCAGAAGAGUAG